ACAGACUUUAAGAAAGUGUUUGAAAAGCUGGACAAUGAUAUACCACUCGUGCUCUUGGGAGGGAAUCACGACUUUCUGAACAGUCCGACCGUGGAAUCGGUGACGGCCUAUAAGACUACGUUCGGUGACGACUACUUUACCUUCUGGAUCGACGGCGUUAUGUUUAUUGUGAUUAACGUUCAGUUUUAUAAAGACAACACUCAUGUGAAGGGCCUGUAUGAGGAACAGGAGGCAUGGAUUGACAAACAGUUAGCUGAGGCCAAGAGUGGUAAUUAUAAGCACGUGAUUGUCUUCCAACACAUCCCGUGGUUUCUGCGGGAUAUUAACGAACCAUUGGAUGAAAUGUUCAACAUCGAGAACACUACCCGACACCGGAUGGUCAGUAAGUUUUAUGAGGCGGGAGUUCGCGCCAUAUUUGCCGGCCAUUAUCACCGCAACGCCGGCGGUAAGUACGAGGACCUGGAGCUUGUGGUCACCUCUGCUAUCGGCGCCCAAUCACCGGAUGGACGCAAUGCCGACAGUGGGUAUCGGGUGGUGACCGUCAAUGAGACGGAUAUCACUCACCGAUACGUUAACAUCACAACCAGUCAUACAAACUCUGCGUUUGAUUUCAACGCCUUUCGGCUAAUUUUGUUGAUUUUCGUCGCUUUUGUUAUUAAGAAGUUUGUUAUGAAUUAAAACAUUAUUUUUCAAAUGCUAUUAAAUAUUUACAUAAAUAAAUGUUUUUAAUUUUAAAACUAUUAUAA